GAAAUUUGGAUUUAAAUAUUUUCCAAUAUGUUACCUCGGCAGUGCAUAAAAUUAUCAUGUUAUGCGAGAGCAAUAUUUAACAAAAAUAUACGUUUAAAUAGGAAUGCUGAACCUUUAAUCUGUCACAACAGGGAAUUGCAUUUAAGUUGCAGGGUUUUGGCAGCAAAUAAAUCUUCGAAAGGUCCGGAAAAGGUACAGAGCCCAAAUGACUUACGUUUUUCUGGGGGUCCAAUGCAAGAAUCUACGAAAACCUCCAUAGACCUACGCACGCUCCGCACCGCGCAAAGACGUGAUUUAUCCUCAGACGAGUUACUGGAAAAGCUUAUGUCUAAUUUAUCUUCAGACAUUCACCAAAAGAAUAGAGUGUAUAAAAAUGACUUUGUAAGAGUUGUAAAUAAAGUAAAAGAGUUGAAUUUAUCAUCCAAAAAGCAGGGGUUGCUCCUAAUUAAAUGCUGUACAGAACUGCUUCCAGAUGAGACACCCAGCUCAAGAGUGGCUUUAGUUGAGCAACUAUGGAACAUACUUGGAACCCACACAAAAUUUGAUGUUGAUCAUUAUAAUGAACUGCUGAGAGUGUACAUAGCUAAUGGUAGAACGCUUAAGGCUAAUGUCUUUCUUACACAGAUGGGAGCAGUGAAACCUAAUUUAACCACUUACGAAUUGAUAUUGAGAGUGCUUGGAGAGGCAGGUGACAUAAACCAAUGUACAGAAGUAAUAUCAAACAUGAAGGCACAAGGUUUACCAGCUACAGAAAGUGUAUUUGUGUCCUUGAUCAUUUGUCAAGGUAAAGCUGGCAAUCUAGAUAAUAUACAAGAAAUACUAACAAUGAUGAAGUCACUACAAGUUAAUUUAACCGUAAAAACGUACACCGCAAUAGCCCGUGCUUUCGCAUGGAAUAAGAAGAAUAAUCUACUUCUAGAAGAAUUGGCUAAGGCACAGAAAAACGGUAUAAUAUUUGGAGAGGUUCAUAUUAUGGAGAUUGUAAAGACGUUAGCAGCAGUUGAAGAAUAUGGAUCAGUGCAAAAUGUGUUAAAAUAUUUGCCCGAGGAAAUAUUAACAAAACCUUCAAUAACGCCAUACAUGCAGAGUGUAUCUACGCAACUUGUGUUUCAAAACCAUGCUAUGGUUGCUUUAGAGAUAUACAAAUGUUUACCGUUGCCUUCAUUUGGACCAAAAGAUGAUACAGGGCUACAUGGCCGCAGCUUGGUUCGAGAUUGUGUUAAAGCUUCUAUGCCUUCAAGUGUCAUAGGCCUUAUCACCCAAGAGUUGAUGGCGUCGGGUCGUAAUCCAAUCGCAUUACAUAACGCAGCAGAAGCGGCUUUACAGCUUGGCAAGGUCCCACUAGCUCUGGAUCUGUUCACUCGUAUGAAACAGUUGGGAAUGCCUGUAAGACCACAUUACUUCUGGCCUAUACUCUUGCACACUUCUAAAUCAUAUGGAGAGAAAGGUAUUAUGAAUACCCUCUCAACAAUGGUAACGAUGGAAAUAAAGCCAGAUUUCGAAACAAUAAUGGAGUACACACUGCCAUACGUCAGUUUUACGUCGCCUCAGAAUCUGAUGAAGAAGUUCCUUGAAACAGGACUAACUGUGAGCAACGUGCUCACGCCAAUGAUCGUCACCUUGUUGAAUACUGGACAAGUUAGGGCGGCGAGUGAGAUUUGUGAAUUGUUCCAAGGAAAGGUAGAUACUGAGGUGGUUCUCCAGCCCUUAAUAAAAGGCUAUCUCAUGAGCAAUGACGUAAAAUCAACUGUCCAUUUAUUGGAGGAUAUGAGCGCUAAAGCAGCGGACAAGAGCAAAGACUGGGUUGGACGAUUUCUCUGUGGAUUCAUGAGACACAGGAGAGUAAAGGAGGAUUUAUCAGAUGUACUGAAUAUUGCCAAGGCACUACAACCAACUUCGCUGAAAAUAUCGUCGGCUGCGGUGGACUAUUGUAUACCCAGAAUCCCAAAGCAUCAUAGCGAGAAGCUUAUAGAAUGUUUCAAAGAAGCUCUAGUCAAUAUUACCGACGAGAGAUUGGUCUACGAUGGAGAGAUGUUUGCUCAGCAAAUGCCUCAUCCUAAACAAAUGAACGAAGCUUCCUUAAAAGCCCAUCUCGUAGAGUUAGAGGCUAAAAGCAUGAACACACGCGGAGUUUUAAGGAAACUUUUACAGGAAUAUUGUAAAGACGGCAAUUUGGCUGCCGCGAGAGCGAUUGUUGAAAAAUGCGAGAAAGAAGGCGUGCAUCUAUCAGCCGGUAUGAAAGCAUCUAUAUUCGACCUGCACGUAAAGAUGGGAGAAAUAGAUUCAGCUGAACUAGUACUGGCGGACUUAAACAAAACUGCGCCGAACUUCACUAUAGACGAGUUCAAAGUUAUAGACUUCGCAACUCUAAUGGUUUAUAGGAAGCAAAUUAAAAAGGCAUUUGAUUUGAUUAACGAACAGUCGAUGAAGAGACGAGUUAUAGGCGGUCGAGCAAUAUCAAUGAACUGCUGGAGGCUUCUAGACGUGUUGGCAGCGCAUGGUACACACGAAGACACCAAACGCAUGUUCGAGUUGCUGACAUCCCUUAGAUACUGCAAACCAUCCAACUCUAUACUGGGACCAUUAGUGCGAGUGCAUUUGAAAACCGGCAACUAUGAAAAUGCGGUUCAGGAGUUCGUGCGUAUAUCAGAAAAAUAUAACAAGACUCCAUUGAAACAUGAGUUGCUUUGUAAAUUACUGAAAGCUAUGAGCGAUGGCAAAGACGAAGAUACAUUCAUAGUGAACGAGAAAACUAACGGGAGGUUAAAUAAACUUGUGCACACUAUACUGAAUGUCGACAAACGUGUUCACGGCGCCAGCGAUGUACAUUUAACUCUCAUAGCUGCAUUAGCGGAUGUGGGCUAUAAGAAGUCUCUUAGGAAACUACUCCUGGACCCAACAGUCAAAUUUCAUCCCGACGCGUUAAUGCGUCACUGCGAAAGAUUCGCGGACGAGAAGAAAGUGAACGCCCUGGAAGCGAUAGCAGAAUGUGCGAAUAACUUGAGGCAUUUCGAUGUCGAAGAGAUUUAUAAUAUGAUGCUGGGAGUAUACCAACGCGACGACAACUGCCAAGAAGCUCUCUCCCUCUGGUACAAGAUGCAGGAGAGUGAAAUAACCCCAUCCCAGAAGUUCGUACGCAACCUAUGUGCACUUUGCAAGGCGAACAAUAAGCAAGUACCCUCCGAUAUCGCCAUACUCCUCGACAAACAAACCAAAAUCGUGGCUAAUAAAGCAGUAUAAGCGAGAGAAAAUUUUGUAAGUGUGACUUUUUAUUCUAGAAGUGUAAAUUGAGAAACUGCGUACUGACAUCGAGGUUCGAAAUCGCUAGAUCAAGUUUUAUGAGAUACAUUUUAAUAUUAUUUAUUUACUUUUAUUGUUUUGGUAUGUAAACAAACAUGAAUAUUUAAUUUUGUAUUAGGUAGAGGAAAUUGUUUCAAAUUAAAUAUUGUAAUUAUAUUUGUUGGCCUCGCUGUUAAUGUUGUUGUGCUGUUUUUUUGUGAAAUUUGUGAAUUAACGCACGUCAAAUUAGUUUACGCGUCUAUAGUGACCAAUAUGUUUAUAUACCCUGUUGUAAUAAGAUCGUGAUCUAGUGGAGAUCUUCUGUCGAUGGGCAUAAAGGGUGUUUGCUAAAGCUUUCAGCUUAGAUUGAAUGCUAGCCCACUUAAAGUUGCUAAACAGAGUAUAUUUUUGCCACGUGCAGUUGACAUUUAUAUACAUUACCUGACGCCGGAUGUUAUGAAUAUAAUCCUUUUAAUCUUAAAUCUAUAAGCGAAGACUAAAUUUGGUUUUGCCAUUUUCCAACUCUUCCUUGUUAAAUGCUGACUCUAGUAACAUUUAUAUUUUAUUUAAAGAUUUUAGAUUAGAUUUUGUGUUAUUUGUUAGGUAAAAGCAGCCACAGAUUAUACAAACGGCAAGAUUAUAUGCUUGCAGAUUAUAUGUAUUCGCAUGAUUCAAACUUUAAUACAAAAAAGUGGUAGUAAAACUUUUAUUCAUAACGACAUUUAAUCUACCAUGUUAAGACUGAAUGGAAAAAAUUUGAGUGCUAUGUGAAUUAAACAAAACACAAAAAUUGUCGCAUUUUUUCGGUGCCACAGCAUAUAAUGUCGUUUUAAUUAUUUCAUUCAGUUACAGACAUAUGCUUUGAUAUUACCAUAACGUAUUGUUUUUUUAUCUCCCAGAGCGACGCACGCUUUACAGCCUUUUAGCAAAAAUUGUAGAGGAGUUCGUAAGCACGUUCUCAGUACCUUCCCAGAUGCGAGCCUAGCGUGUUACGAGUACGAGAUAAAUAACUAUAUGAUCGUUAUGCACGUUUAUUUUAAGUAGAAAUGUUCAUAAUGGUAACACAAAUUGUUAGUGACAUCUGUGAUAUUAUUUAUUAGUACACGUUUGUUUAU